GUCACUAUCUGUUGAAGUUUGUCCAAGCUUUCCUAAACACAGACUUUCACGAUUACCUGCGUUAUUUGCCUGCUAAAAGAUUUCUGUUUUGCUCAUGAAUUAUAUUUAUAAGUCCUCACCAGCGUGUUGUGGUUUCUCAUAUGAGGAAAACAAUGAGAAUUCGGUCAAGUUCGCCUCCUAUUCAUGUGCAUGUUGAUGAUGCGACACCCGUCCAUGUUCACGUGCAGAGCAAGAGGACCAGUCCUACCAGGACACCACAGAGCAAGGCCAAAGCCGACAGAGGAAUCCUUCAUCCCACAGCCAAGGUCAAAACUCGAGUGCCAUGGAUACCCCCAGGAAAGGCCUCCAUACGGGACGCCACACACAUGUGGGAGGGGCCAUCACACCGCCUUGAGAUCUCACUGCCGCACCCUGAACCUGAACCUGAACCUGAACAUUCCCAGUCUGCGCUGCGAUUGGCUGACCUCACAUCAGAGGAAGAGGAGGGUCUGCACGGGAGAAUCAGCCAGUAUGAGAAGAAGAUCGACAGCUUGAUGACCGAAGUCAGCUCUCUGAAGAACGAGGUGGAGCUGCGGAAGAAGGAGCAGCUGCUGGAGCGACAGUCGGAGCAGCUGAGCGUCUCCCAGCGGGUGAUCGCCGAGCAGGAGGAGGAGCUGGUGGAGGUGACGAAGGAGCUGGAAGAGACGGAGCGAGAGAACACUCGACUACGUCACUCCAUGGAGAAGAUGAUGGAAGAGGGCGACUACAGCAGAUUAGACAGAGACGCAGUGAACAAAGAUAAAGACACUCUGCUCAGGAAGCUGAUGGAGGCUGAGGUGGACGGGACGGCAGCUGCAAAACAAGUUUCCGAGCUGCGAGAGUCGGUCUCCAAACUGUGCCGAGGGAGCGGCGAUCAGAAGAAACUCUCCGGAUCUGAGUCUUCGGUCUUGGCUCGUCAAAAGGAUUUGCUGCUGCAGAAACUGGAGACGUUUGAGGCCACAAACCGAACACUGCGACACCUUCUCAGAGAGCAGCACGGCUCACAGGUGGAGAUGGUUCGUUUGUCAGAGCAGAAAGAAGCUUUACUGAAGACACUGGCCGAAACAGAGGCAGAACAUGCACAUCUUGUGGUGAAACUUCAAGAGAAAGACAGAGAGCUCAAUCAGCUCUGCAAACUCCUCGACUCUGAGAAGGAAAACGCAAAGAGCACGUCUGAGCUGUCGAAGAGUCUGGAGUCGACAAGAGCUCAUUUACAAGGACAGCUCCGGAGUAAAGAGGCUGAAAACAACCGGCUCUCUGUGCAGAUAAAGAAUCUGGAGCGAGCAGCCUAUCAGCAGAAGGCGGAGCUAGAGUGUCUGAAGGAGCAGCUGGAGAGGAUGAAGCAGCAGGCGAGUUCAGACAGAGAGGCUCUGAAACGAGCCACCAGAGCUCAGAAACAGAGAGCGGAGCGCAGCGAGGGCACCGCAGGCCAGCUCAGCGUCCAGCUACUGAACUUGGAGCAACAGGUGACCGAAGCGCUGAAUGCAGCGGAGAGCUGGCAGAGUCGACAUGCACAAGAAGUGAGAGAAAAGAGUAAACUGGAGAUCGAGGUUUCAUUGAUGAAAAGCUGCGGUGUGAUGUGUUGCAGCCGUGUAGCGGAGCUGACGGAGCAGCUGCAGAGCUCGGAGGAGAAGAGUCGAGUGGAGAGAGAAGCUCUGCUGGAUCACCUGCACGCUCUGACCACAGAGGGCACUGCAGCCAAACUGGAGAAGCAGACCCUCAAGGCAACAGCGUCGACAGUGGAGGAGAAGCUGGCCUUGUCUCAGUCUGAGCUCCAGCAGGUCAAAGCUUCCAUCCAGCAGUAUGAGAGCCUGGUGGACAGCUAUAAGAUCCAGGUUGGAAAUACGCGCGCUGAGGCAGAUGAGUACCGUGCCCGGCUGGCUCAGGCGGAGCAGGAGGCGCAGGCGGUGCGGGCGGAGCUGGAGAAGGAGGUCGAGGAGCUGCGCAGGCAGCUGCUGGGUCGGCUAACGGAGCUGGAGCCUCUCCCUGAAGCUUUAAGACGCUCCAAAGUGCAGCUGCAGGAGGCUCAGGAGAGGGAGCGCAGCCAAGAGAGACGCAGCAAGGAGCUCAGCACGACACUGACGGAUCUCCGCAUGAAGGUGGAGACUCAGAGCAGCCAGAUGGAGCUUCUCAGACAGAAGAACAAGCUGCUGAUGGAGGAGAACAGACAGCUGCAGCACAGAGUCGACAGCUUGGAAAGGAAGCUGGAGGAGGCUGGCAGUCAGAACAGCGACCUGCUGGUGGUUGUAACCAAACGUGAAGACACCAUCCACAGCAACCAGCUCCGCCUGGAGGACAAAUCACGGGAAUGUUCGCUGUUGAGCCGAAAGCUGGAGGAGGCUCUGGAGGAUGCUCGACAACAGAUGUCAGUGACCAGAGAACGAGCUGCCACCAAAGAGCGCUCCACUCAGUCUAAGAUCCUGGACCUGGAGACACAACUGAGCAGGACGACCUCCGAAAUCAACCAACUGCAGCGCAGCAAAGAGGAGGUGGAGCGGCGGUACCAGAGCAGAUUACAGGACGUGAAGGAUCGGCUGGAGCAGUCGGACAGCACCAACCGGAGCCUGCAGAACUACGUGCAGUUCCUCAAAGCCUCGUAUGCUAACGUGUUUGGAGAUGUAGCUCUGAGCAGCUCACUGCGAGCCCCCUCGCCCAUCUGAGAGUCAGACUGUAUGACUGUAUUAUUACACGCACACAUUCCCAAACUGUACCGUCACAGCCCAAUGUUUGUCAGGAGGAUGGUUGCUUUUCUCAUACAUGUGUGAAGAGCAGCAUCGCUGUUGGCUGAGAGAACGGAAGACUUGUUUUAGUAAAGAUUUGUUUAGAACGGAUUUAUAGCAUAUGCCUUUUAAUCAAAAAGUUUUAUCGACAUGGAAAUCCUUUGUCAUAAAAAAGCUCUUAAAUGUAGAGUUCAAAUAUGUUUGCCCAAUUACGCCGUUAACAUGGUGCCUCAUCACACCAGCUUUGCUUUUUAACACUACACAAAACAACUAGAGAAUAUUGCUGCAACAGUGGGUGAUUUUAAAGGUCACCUAUUCUGUAAAAUCCACUUCACCAUGUUUCUCUAACAUUAAUAUAUAUAUCCGUCUACAAACCCCCCAAUGAUGAGAAAAGUCCAUCCUCUCUGUCUUCAGCCUGCUCCACUUUUCAGAAAAUGUGUGCUCAAACAGGCCGUUUGGAGAUAUUCCCUUCAUGACAUCACAAAGGGCAGUAACCCCUCCCCCAGGUGGGUGACACUCCCACAGCUAGGUGUUUGUUCUGUCCUCUGAGUCUGCCUUCUCACCGUAAACAAUAGUACAUGGAGCGAGAAAGCCAGAGUACACCCAAGCCCGUCCAGAAAGGGGGCGUGGCGGACACAGCUCAUUUACAUAUUUAAAGGUACAGACACAGAAACAGCCUGUUCUGAGCAGGGCUGAAAUAGAGGGGUUUAUAGACAUGAUCAAAUACAGGAUCAGAGUGGAUUUAGAACAAGAAACUUCACAUGCAUGUUUGAGGGAGCUCUGAGACUUUACACAUUUACACUGGUUGAAGAGGAGGAGGAUAUGUGACCUUUAAACAACAUGGUGACAUCAAGUACAACAGAGCCUGUGUCGUAUUUGUCUUUUAUUUUGUCAUAUUUAUGCAAUGGGAAACUAUGUAGCUGUCUCGACCAUAACGAUUGUCUUUUACCGUCCUAUAUAUACAGCAGCUGAACAUUUCUUCUGUUCUGAGUGUGAGGAGCUCCAAGAUCUCUUUGAAGACAUUUUUUGGUUGCUGCAGGUCAGCUGCUAACUUGUCCUCUUUUAGUGCUGAAAGUUUUUACUAAAUUAACAGGAAACAUAAAAAUUAAAGAGAAUGAAAAAGGACACCAAUUGCAAGAAUACAUAAAUAUAAAAUACACAGAUAUAUAGAGACAGAGUCAAAAAAGAAAUGUCCCCGGUUUCCCUGGUUACACUGACACAUCCAACUUCUUUUUAUUGAUUGCUUCUAACUGUUCACAAUCAUCAAUUGUUGAGAUUUAAAACCAAAAACAACUAAGUAUAAUUUAUAAGAGCAACUUUUGAUUGUGCCUAUUUAAACUGAAUGUUGUCUUAAAAAUGCAUAAUGGAGGGGCGCCUGUGGCCUAGUGUUUAGUUUGUCCACCCCAUGUGCGGAGGCUGUGGUCCUCCAAGCAGGUGGCCCAGGUUCAAACCAGACCUGUGGCUCCACUCCAGCAUGUUGUCCCCUACGCUAUCUCUCCCGAUCCCUGACUCUACCCACUGUCCUGUCUCUCCAAUAAAGACCUAAAAAGCCCCAAAUAAACCUUUAAUAAAUGCGUGAUGGGCGAAUGUCAGUUUGGACUUAAUUGAGAAAAAAUGACAAUAGUUUCAUCCGUUUCUUUCUGACAAGCCUUAGCUAGUCAAAUGAAAAGUUUCAUGUCUUUAAUGCCAGAAUUAACAGGAAACUCACCAUAUUGUGUCUAGUAUGAACUAAAUCUUUUUAGGUUAUUUUUUCAUUAAUAUAUAUCUCUGUAGCCAAAGCCGUCCAUAUUCAUAAUAGAAGUUGUAAUUGAAUGUACCGCUCCUCCUUGACUGAAGGAAGCAGGAACAUUGGUGCUAUCACAAGACAGUGUGUGUCAAAACAGUGAUUUUGUAUUUACAGUUUCACAAACUAUUUCUGUAGAAUAAGAAUAAAUAUUCCAAAUACUUCUUUGUAAGCUUUUUCAUAAGAUGUGUAUAAGACUGAAUAACUUAUUCAGCUGUGGAUAACCUACAAGCAGAAAUAAAACCCUUUUUUU